AUGACUCUUCUCUCGAAAGUAAAGAAGGCUUUGUCCCAUACUGCUAAAACUUUUGGCUCGGGCAGUCCUGCCGGAGUCUCAGUGCCAAUCUUCAAUUUUGUCGGCUCUUCUUCACCCACCAAAGCUAGAUGCUCUCCAGAAUAUCGCAGAGAGAGAGAACCAGCAUCCGAGCCGUUGAUCCUGGAUGUGAGCUUUACAUCAAUAGAUUUGAAUGCUCCAGAAUUGUCAUUCAAUGAUGAGAGUCUCUUCGUGGCACCUGAGGUUGAGUUGGAGAGGAUAUAUCCAAAACCGAGGGCUUGGCUCCCUCAGUUGCAGAAUCAUCGGUCACACGAUAUGAAGUCUGAUUCUGGCCCAUAUUUAACCAGUCUGAGCUUGUGGUGUCAGUCUAAAUUUAUUUCAGAGCCCGAGAUUCUGAACCGUUGCCUCGUUUCGCAGGACGAAAAGGCGCCAAGUCAGCGAUCCGAGAAAACAUCCGAUAAAGACAGAAAAUCUCCUUCAAGAGACCUUCCUCCUUGCAAUCUAUCAAAGGCAGAAAGUACGAGCAAUUCAAGCAUUCAUACAGAUCGUUUAGUUGGUCUGAGAGUAUGCAGCAAGGUCACUAUAUGUACGGAUAAGGAGGUAAAGCCCGAAAAUGCGCAUCAGAAACAAUUUCAUGAGUCUUUUGAAAGCAAAUUAAUGAAGCUUGGCGGGAAACUGGAGCUCCGUGAUGUUGAGAUCGAUCUACUUCUUCAAAAAGAGUUGGACUCUCUCAUGCUGCAGCACUGGACUUUCAAUCCGCGUCCCUUCAAAAUUAAAUCUCAUUCUUUCCAGACGCAAGCACCGGUCGUCAUCUUCUCGUGA